AUUAAUAAAGAGGUGUAUCAUACAUUAGUUUCUAUUUUUAUCCAUUUUGCGGUUUUUGUUACUCCGAUCGAAAUAAAACUCGAAUAAAAUAGCAUUUAUCUACUAUAAAGAUUCAAAACAUGUCCACGACAGAAGCUGAGGAAAAGCAACCCAGAGCGAAUCAAAAAUGGAAUGGUUGGGGCUACCAGGACUCAAAAUUCCUCAUCAACUCUGAAGGCCUCGCACAGUUCACUGGCGCGCGUUAUCCCAUUAGUGGCCAGGUUUUUCCAAAGCUCAUCGAUUGGUUUGUGAACUCUUGCAACGCGAGCUUAGAGUUCAAAUCACCUGCACAGAAUAUACCGAAAGAAGACGAGCUUCCAAAAGCUACUAUUAAUGAAAAGUUUUUAAACAGUGCCUUAAACUCUGGCUACGAACUUUCCCUGCACGGUCAUGAACGGUUAUUCCGCAGUCAUGGAGCCACCUGUCAUGAAAUCUAUCUUCUACGCCAUGGCGCCAUUCCUCGUAUCCCAGAUGCCGUCGUGUGGCCAAAAAACCACAAGGAAGUCGAAGAGAUCGUUGCGUUGGCCAACGACUGUGGCGUGUGUUUGAUUCCUUUCGGUGGUGGAACAAGCGUGUCAAGCGCGCUGGAAUGUCCCAGCGAUGAACUCCGAAUGAUUGUCAGUUUGGACAUGACAAAGAUGAACAGAAUUCUCUGGGUCGAUUAUGAAAACAUGACCAUGUGUGCAGAAGCGGGAAUUAUCGGCGAGGAUUUGGAAAGACAAUUGCACGAGAAAGGUGUUUGCGUUGGACACGAACCGGAUUCUAUGGAGUUCAGUUCCCUGGGCGGUUGGGUGGCAACCAGGGCAUCUGGGAUGAAGAAGAACGUCUAUGGUAACAUAGAGGAUUUAUUGGUACACGUGAAGUUUGUGACCCCGCAAGGCACGAUGGAGAAGAGUUGCAUGGUACCACGCAUGUCAACUGGGCCAGAUAUCCAUCAAGUUAUCAUGGGAUCAGAAGGUACACUUGGUGUUGUCACUGAAGUAACCCUACGAAUUCAGCCACUGCCGGAAUGCAAGACAUACGGAUCCGUUGUCUUUCCAGAUUUUGAAUCUGGGGUGAAUUGCCUUCGGGAAAUCGCCAAACUGCGAUGUGCUCCGGCCUCGAUACGACUCAUGGACAACGAUCAGUUUAAAUUCGGUCAAACAUUGAAGCCCCAACACAGCUCGUUCUUUCACUCUCUUAUGGACGGCAUAAAAACGAUGUACGUAACAAGAUUCAAGGGAUUCGAUCCGAACAGGCUUUGCGUUGCAACUUUGCUGUUUCAAGGCACAAAAGAAAGCGUUGAUAACCAGGAGAAAUUGGUGUACGCCAUCGCCAAAAAGCACGGCGGCCUGUCGGCUGGAGCGGAAAACGGGCGACGCGGUUACAUGCUGACAUUUGUCAUAGCUUACCUUCGAGAUUUGGGCUUCGAGUACAGUUUUCUGGCCGAGUCCUUUGAGACGUCUGUGCCCUGGGAUCGUGUCUCAAGCCUUUGCCGUAAUACGAAGGCAGCCAUAUACAAGAAAUGUAAAGAUCUUGGAAUACAAUACAAGCCUCUGGUCACGUGCAGGGUCACGCAAACCUACGACACCGGCGCAUGCGUGUAUUUUUAUUUUGGCUUCAAUUACCAUGGGUUACCAGAUCCCUUGGACGUGUACCAGCAGGUCGAGGACUGUGCACGAGACGAGGUCCUAGCGAAUGGCGGCUCGCUGUCUCAUCACCAUGGCGUUGGAAAACUCAGGAAGAAAUGGUUGCCAGAAGCUGUCUCCAACGUUGGCAUUCAAGUCAUGAAAGGAAUUAAGAAAUCCCUCGAUCCAAAUAACGUCUUCGGUAAUAGAAAUCUAGUGUCGAAACUCUAAAAACUCCUUGAAGACAACCAAGCAAAUUAUAGGAACUGAUUCCAUUAGUUAGAAUUGUCGCCAAUAGUUCCUUUUACCGACAAACGCAUGUAAACAUUGCACAUACGUUUCCAAAUUAGUAUCGUUUUAUAGACUUGCAGAGCCUUCUCUUUUUUUGAAAAACUUUGAACUGCUAGCUAGAUUUAUAAUGUUAGAAAUAGGCUUGUUUUAGCAAGCUCCAGAUCCCUGGCUUUACUGAAUUUUAUUAGUUUUGUAACAUAUGGCAUGCGUUUUUCAAUAAGGGCAACAAUGUUAUGAUAUUGUAGGAAUAUAGUUUGGUUUUAGUUUUGAAAACCUAGGAAAAUAUGAAUAUUUGAAAGUGAAAAUCUAGAUACAUAGAUGAUAAUAAUUUAGUUUUAGGAUUUCUACAGUCUAUUUUUUCCAGUACAACAAAGUUAUUAUAAUGACAAAUAAAUAUCGAGUCCUUUAUGACUUAUGUC